GUUGCCAACAUGGCGGAAAACAGCUGGUGACUGCAUGAGCUAUACGUAUAGUUAAGUACUGCCGGAAAAUGAAGUGUAUAUUAUGGUUCUGUGUAAUUUUAUCAUCUCUUUGUAUUAUAAAAACUAUAAACGGACAGCAACGGAAGAAGGAUGGACAGACCCUUAGUGAGCGAGUUCAGCAGUUAGUUGACAUGAACCAUAAACGGUCUGUCCUGCGCUUCAACGGCAACAAGUUCCGUGAUUAUGUCAGAGCAACCCCACGCAACUACUCUGUCAUAGUUAUGUUUUCAGCAAUGGCUGCACAACGGCAGUGCGCAAUUUGUAGGCAUGCUAAUGAUGAAUUCCAGAUAGUUGCCAAUUCAUUCCGCUAUUCUCAGAUAUAUUCAAACAAACUUUUCUUUGCUGUGGUCGAUUUCGAUGAAGGACCAGAUGUGUUUCAAAUGCUUCGAUUAAAUACAGCUCCAGUUUUCAUGCAUUUCCCACCCAAAGGCAAGCCAAAGCAAAGUGAUACAAUGGACAUUCAGCGAAUUGGUUUCGCAGCUGAAGCUAUUGCCAAGUGGAUUGCUGAGAGAACUGAUGUGCAGAUCCGAGUGUUUCGCCCACCUAAUUAUUCUGGCACUGUGGCUCUAGUCAUGUUAUUUGCUGUGGUAGCCGGAUUCCUCUAUCUCCGAAGAAACAACCUUGAUUUCCUUUACAAUAAAAAUUGCUGGGGUAUUGGGGCUGUGUUCUUUUGCUUUGCCAUGGUGUCUGGCCAGAUGUGGAACCACAUUCGAGGCCCCCCAUUUGUCCACAAGACAUCAUCAGGAGGUGUUGCAUACAUUCAUGGAUCAUCACAGGGACAAUUUGUUUUAGAAACAUACAUUGUUAUGGUGCUAAAUGCGGCUAUAGUUCUUGGGAUGAUUCUAAUGACAGAAGCAGCAUCACAUAAAGGAGACGUGAGGAAACGUAGGAUAUUAUCCAUUGUGGGGUUGGUACUAGUGGCAACCUUCUUUAGUCUUAUCUUGUCCAUUUUCCGGUCAAAGGCUCAUGGAUAUCCAUACAGCUUCCUGUUCAAAUGAAGAUUAGUAGUGGAAUUCAAAAAUUAACUUAUGCAGCAGCACUGCUUCUUGCUCGUGGUGUUGGUAAUGUGCUGUAGUCAGUGACAUACUUUCACACACCCACUUAUAAUGGGAACUGAUUUCUGAUGUCACAAAUUCACCAUGUUUCCAAGACCCACAAAUAUGUCAUUCCUUUUCUUUACUUGUGUUUUACUUUUAUGCAUUUGUUCUUAAACUGCGCAGUACCACGUUAUGAGCAUGGAUAGAGGGUAAAGCACCUUUGAAAUUAUGUACAUAGCGUGGUGGUCAUUAAUGACCAUUGAACCAUUGAAUGUUUCAAGUUUGUAAUGACAGUAUUUGAUUUAAUUCACAUCUCUUUAUAAAUUUUUACUUUGGAUGUAUGUUAACGGGAAAGGAUAUGAGAAUGAAUGUAUCAGAUUCUCCUGUUUCUCAUUUUCUUAUGGUAACAUAUUUCCCCAAGUGAAGCUUUUCAUUCUGACUACUGCAAAUCUCAAGUGAUUAAUUUUAUUUGUUUUGUGACAGAUGUAUCUUCCUUUCUUGUUAAUUUGAAUUUUUUAAGUUUAUUCUGGAUGUGUAAUGGAUGUUGGUAAUAAAAAUGUAAAAUAAUGA